AUGAUUAAAAAGAACCAAACCAUCAGCAAGCCGAAAACUCGCCAUCAAAGAAAAAAGACUUUACGUCAUGAUGAAAAAUGGUAUGAUCGAUCGGAGAAUCGAAGAUGUCUAUCGGAAAUUGGAUCCGAUUGUUUGACAGAUAUUUUCAAGUUUUUCGUUAAAUCUGCUAUGGAUCUACUUGUACUCUCUCACAUUUCUAGCGAAUGGAGAUUAUUAAUCAAUUCCAAUCCAUUACUAUGGAAUUGUAAAAUUACAUCCAAAUAUGAAAACAGAUGUUUAUCAUUUUACGGAUUGAAUGUGCAAAAAAGCCAAAUGUUGAAGCAAUUUCUAUUAGAAAAAAGUGCAGAAAAUAAUGAAACAUCCAUGAUGAACAUUACUCCUAAAUUGAUAGAGCAAUUUUCCAAGAAAAAUGGUGGACAUUACAAUCGAAUGAUUUGUCAUACGGACGAGUUGGUGAACUAUUGGGAAUAUGAAAUCAAAGUGAGAAAAGACUUAAGAAGGAGAGAUGCCAUCUAUUCGAAAUUAGGCUACUUUUUUGAAUGGAUUCAAAGAUGUUUAAUUGUCAUGUUUUGUAUCUAUUGUUCAUUUCAAGACCAUGUGAUGGUCAUGAAGACUGGACUCGAUCAUCCCAUCUAUAGUUGGACGAUCUAUUCGGAUUAUGCAUUUUACAUUGCAUUCUUUUUGGAACCACUGUUGAUUGCGAUUGAUUUUUUCAUCUUUUCAUAUUAUCGUGAAUUAGUGCCCAAUGUUAGGAAGGCCUUUCAUUGUUUAUUUUCCAAGAAAUUUAUGGACAGCAAGACUCGAUAUAUUCCAGUGACAAUGGUAUCAUUUGCAGCGUGUUUUUCUUUUAUUUUUCGAUUGAUCAUGUAUUUUACAUAUGAUGCAUCCUACAUUUAUAAGAGAAGAUUGUACUUUGCAGAGAUGGACCAGGAACAAGCAAGUUUAUAUGAGAGGACACAAUUAAUCAUGUUUAAUGGUGAGGAACAAUUCAGAAAUAUACUCAAAACAGGAAAUUUAAUCAUGACCAUUCCACUUGCUGCUCUCUACUGGAUUCCAUUGAAAUUAUCCCAAGUGUCCAAUACUAUAUUUUCAUUUGGAAUCGUUUUAUGUAUUCAAUGCUUUUCAUUGGUGUUAUUAUGUUCAUGGAAGCCACCUUUGAUAGCAUUUGUGAUAUGUUUGGGAGUGUGCCAGUGGAUGAAAGAAAAAUGGUUUGGAACUUUAUUGAUACCAUUUGUAGUGUCACUGACAUUGGCACAUUUUGGUUUGGAACCAGUGUUUGUAUUUACUCCGUAUGCCGUGUAUUAUUUGACUUGUGGUCAUACCGGAAAUUGGAAUUCAAAUAUUGAAGAGGCAUUUAACAAUAGAUGA